UUAAGAAACAGAAAUGUUUUUAUUUCAAAAGCCCACUGCCUCCAGUCCUGUGACCUGCGGCACAUAACAAAUUCUUCUUCCCACAGGAAACAUCUGUAUGGAUUAUUUCACUACAACUCCACAAUGCUUGGGCUCGAAUCACUUCCGGAUCCCAUGGACACCUGGGAAAUUAUAGAGACCAUUGGUAAAGGCACGUAUGGCAAGGUCUACAAGGUCACUAACAAACAAGACGGGAGCCUGGCUGCAGUGAAGAUCCUGGAUCCAGUCAGCGAUAUGGAUGAAGAAAUUGAGGCAGAAUACAAUAUUUUGCAGUUUCUUCCUAACCAUCCCAACGUCGUGAAGUUUUAUGGGAUGUUUUACAGAGCAGACCACUGUGUGGGAGGACAGCUGUGGCUGGUCUUGCAGCUGUGUAACGGGGGCUCUGUCACUGAGCUUGUCAAAGGUCUACUCAGGUGCGGCCAGCGGUUGGAUGAAGCAAUGAUCUCAUACAUCUUGUAUGGGGCCCUCUUGGGGCUUCAGCAUUUGCACAACAACCGAAUCAUCCACCGUGAUGUGAAGGGGAAUAACAUUCUCCUGACAACAGAAGGAGGAGUUAAGCUCGUUGACUUUGGUGUGUCGGCUCAACUCACCAGUACACGCCUACGGAGAAACACGUCAGUUGGCACCCCCUUCUGGAUGGCCCCUGAGGUCAUUGCUUGUGAGCAGCAGUAUGACUCCUCCUAUGAUGCUCGCUGUGACGUCUGGUCCUUGGGGAUCACAGCUAUUGAACUGGGGGAUGGAGACCCUCCCCUGUUUGACAUGCAUCCUGUGAAAACACUCUUUAAGAUUCCAAGAAACCCUCCACCUACUUUACUUCAUCCGGAAAAAUGGUGUGAGGAAUUCAACCAUUUCAUUUCACAGUGUCUUAUAAAGGAUUUUGAAAAGCGGCCUUCCGUCACACAGCUCCUCGACCACCCAUUCAUUAAAAGUGCGCAUGGAAAGGUUUUGCUUCUGCAAAAACAGCUGGCCAGGAUCGUCCAAGACCAGAAACAUCUAAACCCAGUUGCUAAAACCAGGCAUGAAAGGAUGCAUACCAGAAGACCCUAUCACGUAGAGAAUGCUGAAAAAUAUUGCCUUGAGGAUGACUUGGUCAAUCUAGAGGUUCUGGAUGAGGAUACAAUUAUUCAUCAGUUGCAGAAACGUUAUGAGGACUUACUGAUUUACACAUAUGUUGGAGACAUCUUAAUUGCCUUAAACCCCUUCCAGAAUCUAAGCAUAUACUCUCCACAGUUUUCCAGGCUUUAUCAUGGGGUAAAACGUGCCUCAAAUCCCCCCCACAUAUUUGCAUCAGCAGACGCUGCUUACCAGUGCAUGGUUACUUUCAGUAAAGACCAGUGCAUUGUCAUCAGUGGAGAAAGUGGCUCUGGGAAGACAGAAAGUGCUCACCUGAUUGUUCAGCAUUUGACUUUCUUGGGAAAGGCUGAUAAUCAGACCCUGAGAGAGAAAAUCCUGCAAGUCAACUCCCUGGUGGAAGCCUUUGGGAAUGCAUGCACUGCCAUCAAUGACAACUCAAGCCGCUUUGGAAAAUACCUGGAAAUGAUGUUUACACCAACUGGAGCUGUGAUGGGGGCAAGAAUCUCUGAAUACCUCCUUGAGAAGUCUAGAGUUAUAAAGCAGGCAGUGGGAGAGAAAAAUUUUCAUAUAUUUUAUUAUAUUUAUGCUGGUCUUUAUCACCAAAAGAAACUUUCUGAAUUCAGACUUCCUGAGGAAAAGCCUCCCAGGUACAUAGCUGAUGAAACUGGAAGAGUGAUCCACGACAUAACUUCCAAGGAGUCUUACAGAAGACAAUUUGAGGCAAUUCAGCAUUGCUUCAGGAUUAUAGGCUUCACUGAUAAGGAGGUGCACUCGGUGUAUAGAAUUUUGUCUGGGAUUUUGAAUAUUGGAAACAUUGAAUUUGCAGCGAUUUCAUCUCAACAUCAGACAGACAAAAGCGAGGUGCCCGAUGCUGAAGCUUUGGGAAAUGCUGCCUCUGUUCUCUGCAUCAGCCCUGAGGAGCUCCAAGAGGCCCUCACCUCCCACUGCGUGGUCACCCGGGGUGAGACUAUCGUCCGUGCCAACACUGUAGACAGGGCUGCUGAUGUCCGAGAUGCCAUGUCCAAAGCCCUGUAUGGGAGGCUCUUCAGCUGGAUUGUGAAUCGAAUCAAUACGCUCCUGCAGCCAGACAAAAACAUAUGUAAUGCAGACGAUGGAAUGAAUGUGGGCAUCUUGGAUAUUUUUGGAUUUGAGAAUUUUCAGAGAAAUUCAUUUGAGCAGCUCUGCAUAAACAUCGCCAAUGAGCAAAUCCAGUACUAUUUCAACCAGCAUGUCUUUGCUCUCGAGCAGAUGGAAUAUCAGAAUGAGGGCAUUGAUGCCGUUCCUGUGGCGUAUGAGGACAACCGCCCACUCUUGGACAUGUUCCUCCAGAAACCCUUGGGACUGCUGGCACUUCUGGAUGAGGAAAGUCGGUUUCCUCAGGCAACUGACCAGACCUUGGUGGAUAAAUUUGAAGAUAAUCUGCGAUGCAAAUACUUCUGGAGGCCCAAAGGAGUGGAGCUGUGCUUUGGCGUUCAGCACUACGCUGGAAAGGUAUUAUAUGAUGCUUCUGGGGUUCUUGAGAAAAACAGAGACACUCUCCCUGCUGAUGUGGUUGUAGUCCUGAGAACAUCAGAAAACAAGCUUCUUCGGCAACUCUUCUCAAUCCCUUUGACCAAAACAGGUAAUUUGGCCCAGACAAGAGCCAGGAUAACUGCAUCUUCAAGAUCUUUACCGCCACAUUUCAGUGCUGGGAGGGCCAAGGUGGACACUCUGGAGGUGAUACGGCACCCAGAAGAAACCACCAACAUGAAGAGACAAACCAUGGCUUCUUACUUUCGGUAUUCUCUGAUGGAUCUGCUCUCCAAAAUGGUGGUCGGACAGCCCCACUUUGUGCGCUGCAUUAAACCCAACGACAACCGAGAGGCCCUGCAAUUUUCCCGAGAAAGGGUUCUGGCCCAGCUCCGCUCCACGGGAAUCCUAGAGACAGUCAGCAUCCGCCAGCAGGGCUAUUCCCACCGCAUCCUCUUUGAAGAGUUUGUGAAAAGGUAUUACUACUUGGCAUUCAGAGCACAUCAAACCCCUCUGGCCAGCAAAGACAGCUGUGUUGCUAUCUUGGAAAAGUCCCGCUUAGAUCACUGGGUACUGGGAAAAACAAAGGUUUUUCUCAAAUAUUACCAUGUCGAACAAUUAAAUUUGCUACUGCGAGAAGUCAUAGGCAGAGUGGUUGUGCUGCAGGCAUAUACCAAGGGGUGGCUUGGAGCCAGGAGAUACAAAAGAGUCAGAGAGAAGAGAGAGAAAGGGGCCAUUGCCAUACAGUCAGCCUGGAGAGGAUAUGAUGCUCGGAGGAAAUUUAAGAAAAUAAGCAACAGAAGGAGUGAGUCUGCUGUUCAUAUUCAAGCAGUUCUCAGGGGCUCUGUAGAUCAUACAAGUCAUCCACAAGCAGAAUGCAACCAUGGCUUUGCAGAGACUUCAGGCAACUCUCCUGCUGUCACGGAGAAAAAUCGGCAGUCACAAGCUCGGAGUUCUGCAAAAGGGUGUGAUGUCUUUGCAGGACCUGCAAAUAAGCACUCAGUGUCUGGGACAUGCCAUGCUGCUCAGGAUCGUCAAGGACUGAGUCCCUGGGGAGCCCCACGAAAACCUGGUUCAGAAAACGGUCUUGCACAGAAGCAGCGAACACCUCGCCGACGAUGUCAGCAGCCCAAAACGCUGAGUAGCCCUGAGGACACCAUGUACUAUAACCAGUUAAAUGGAACUCUAGAAUAUCAAGGGAGCAAGAGGAAGCCAAGAAAACUUGGCCAAAUCAAAGUGCUCGAUGGGGAAGACGAGUACUACAAGUCUCUGUCGCCUGUGGACUCUAUCCCUGAGGAGGGCAAUGCAGCCCAUCCUUUCUUUUUUUCCUCCUCCUCAAAAGGAGAUGCUUUUGCUCCACACUGAGUUGUACUUCCUGACCCGGUAUCUGUUCAGGGUAAGAACAGUCGUGGUAAUGGAUGGCUAUUGAGUGAGAAAGCACCAACAUGGGGUCAGCAGCUUUGAACACACGGCCCGUACCUGAGCCUUACUGCUCAGUGCACAGGUUCCUCAACAUCUCAUCUCUCGGCCACCCUCCCACAUCAGCUGUGCAGCCUGACUCGGUGACUCCCUCCUUUCCCAUCCCACGAGUCCCUGUGGAAGGCUGAGAACACACCAUCGCAGUAGUAACAGCCAUUCUUAUCCCCACCUUCUAAGAAGGUAACCAUCUCCCCAUUGACCAAUCAGGAACACAGACAGUAUUUCCUUACUUAAUUUCUAUGACCUCACUUUUCGGGCUAUGCAGACUCUGCUCCAGGAAGAAUCCAGGAGUUCUGCCCUACUUUCUUCUCAACUCUCUUGUUUAACUGGACCUUUCUGUCCCUCCCGCCUCUCCCAGGUCCAGGCCUCGUAGUCUUUGCCCCAUUCUGAAGGAGUGCUCCCCAUGUCUCUUGGGACAGGAUAAGUCCCUGUGUUUAAGCAGAAAAGCCUAAACCUUUCUAAUUCUUUGUACAAAGCCUUUGGACUCCUCUCUUCCUCUCUUGCUAAUUAUUAUGCUGAGAAAUGCUUUGCCUCUUUAUUUCACCUUGCCAAGGUAAAAUAUCACUCCAGUAGUAAACAGAAGUAAGAAGGAAAGAAAACUUGAUCCUGCCCAAGUCCAGGUCUUACUGUUUCAUAGGUCUCUGUUUACUGGACAGAUGUCUCCAUGAGGCUGUGAGUGACUGCAGGGGAAGCAGCUUAUUUUGUCCAUCUUGGUAUGCAUGGACCCUAGCACAGUGCCUGGCAGGUAGGCACCAGUAACUGUAGGGUGAAUGGAGAGACUGCACUUACACAACCAUAUCUGACAGGAGAGCUUCUUUCUUUUUUCUUUUUUCUUGUUUUUAUGAGAAGAGAGGAGGAAGGAGGGGAAAAGAGAGUGAGGCAUUUUUUGACAGGUCCUGCCCCAGCCUCCCAGUUAGCUAAGAUCAUAGGCGCUGUCACCAAGCCCAGCCUGUUUAUGUUGGGCUGGGAACUGAACCUGGGCAUCCCACACGGCUUCAGUCACUGCAGAGCAACACCCUCCCACUUUCACCACUGCAGCUGGGCCAGAAAAGUUACUUUCAAUGGUAUGUUAUACAUGAUUAAUCAUUUUUCUUACAUCGUAAGCUCUGAUUUUUUUCACUCAAGGAUAGGCUAGUCCUAUUGUAAUGAUGUUUAUAGUACAAUAGUCAAUAUGACUCAAUACAACACAUUUUUGGAAUGUGUUGUAUUCACUUCAUGUGAAACAGCAUCUGAGGGGACCAGCAGAUAGCGUAAUGUUA